GGGUUUUGGGGCACUUCCUACUCCGUCGCAGGUAGAGUUUCAUGCCAUCCUUCGACGCAAUCGUCGAGUCCUGGAGAACAUCUUCACAACAUGUGUUCGGUUGGCCGUCUUUUACAUGAUGCUGACCAUGUGGGGCAACCUACUCAAGUGUAACAUCUGGUUAUUACCUUUGCAAGGGUGGAUUCUUGUCGUGCGCUUCACGAAUCGUCCGCAGUUAAUAUAUGCCGGCUAGCAUAAAGGAGGAAUAUCAGAAGAAGGCCGUGCCUGGUUCUUCUUCGAUGGUGCAAGUUGGCGAUGACUUCGAAUUGCCUUUCACUUGCGCACGUUGUAACCUCGUUCAUCGUCCAUCUAUGGCUGUAUCCAUAUUUGGCUUCAUGCACCGGCGCUUGUGCAUUUUUUCUCAGAUCCAUUCAACUGGAAAAGGUUACAGGACUAAUUUGGCUACCAGGUCCGCAAGCUUGCAAAUCGGCGUUUCCCAACCCAUUCCCAUGUGAAAGUGGUCGGCAGUUUUACGUUGGCUACUGCGAUGCUCAACAAUAUAUCCCAAUCUCAUCUGUUCACAGGUUUACUGAUGCGCCGCUCGCCCUUGCACCUCGUCUAACGCUCGCUUGAUGAAGAGAAUUACUCUCGAGCUCCCUAACUUAGCUUAGUGGGCCAUGAGCAGAACUAGGCACGAUCGAUCAUUUUCAGAUACAUUCAAACAUCCAUAAAUAUUGCUCGAGCAGUACGAAAAUUCACAAGUAACUGUAUUGAUUGGCUCCGAACUAGGUAUCGUACCAUAAACCAUGACACCAAAGCGAAAACAGAAACAUGACUC